UGUGUGAUGUGUGCGUGAUGAGGAAGAGGAACCUUCUGCUUCUUCUUCCUGAAGAACAAACAUGAUGUUUUGUUCAGUCGUUGCUUUAAAAGUGUCUGCAGCAGCUUCUGUUUUCCAACAUUUAACGAUGGCUAUGGAACUCACUUCAGGUUGUAUUUAUGAAAACUCUGUCCAGAAAACCAGAAAAGGAGCAGAUGUGGACGCCUCUCCAGGAGAGAUUUAUGAAAACCCGCUGGUGUUUCAAAAAGAGGAAAAAGCAGACAUGACGACUAAUCCUGGAGAAAAACCUGAAGAACGUGUCUCUACUGCAACAAAAGUUCAAGCAGCGGUGAAAUCUUGCAUCACUCUGGUGUGUUUGGGGACACUUUUUCUUCUGGUGGUGGUGGUGCGCGUUGUCCUCCUGGUCAAUAUAACCACGGUGAUGAAGAAACAGGAAACAACCAUCAGUGACCUUGCAGACGAAAAUAAGCAUUUGAUUCUGGAAAUCAGAAACCUGACAAAUCAGACCGAGCAACUUCUGGUGGAGAACAAAGUCCUACAGAACCAGACUGAGCAACUUCUGGUGGAGAACAAAGUCCUACAGAACCAGACUGAGCAACCUCUGGUGGAGAAGAGAAGCCUAAGUGAGCAGAAUAAGCAGCUGAUGGAAAAGACCAGAAUCCUAGAGAAUCAAACUGCAGAGAUGAGAAAAGAAAGAGACAACCUCAACUGGACUCUGGAGGUCAUCCUGACAUUUGAGAACUUUCCAGUGAAAGACUUUUGUCCCCAAAGAAAGUGUAAGCCCUGUCUGGAUGGUUGGAUUAUGUUGAAGAAAAGCUGCUACCUGUUUAACUAUGAAUCCUCUCCAUGGAAGACUUGGGAACAAAGUCGACAGUAUUGCAGAACCAAAGGUGCAGAUCUGGUUGUUAUUGACAGUCUGGAAGAACAGAAAUUUGUAAGUAAUCGCUCCAGUUACUACUAUGACACCUGCCAUGGAUACUGGUUGGGGUUACGAGAAGUUAACAGUAACUGGACCUGGGUUGAUGGACGCAUUGAUACUCUGAAGUACUGGAUUAAUGGGAUUUAUGGUACUCCAGGUCCAUAUGCUCUGCUGAUCCCUCAGAAGAAUUACAGUGAGAACUGGGACCGAGUAGAGAAUACGUUUCUGAACCGGUUUAUCUGUGAGCGUGACGUCCUGAUAAAAUCAGAUUAAUUAACACUGUAUCUCUUCUCUUUGUGUUGCACAUGUUUGAAUCAUCAAUGUCUGAAUAUUAAGAACAGUUAUAAAAGCAUGAUUUUAUUUCCUUUCUGUUGGAAACUUUAUGAUUUCUCCAUAUUUCUAAUAUUCCUUCCCUCUCCAUGAAAGCAGAGCUUUAGGAAGAACUUUACAGCUUUCCCUGACAGAGGGCCCUAUCACUAGUUUUAUUUCCACUUCUUGGUCUAAGUGCAGAAAUGUUUCUUUUCUCAUUGACUGUUUUCUAAUUUUGUUCUUUUUGUAUUAUUCAGUUUCUUGUGUGACUUUUUUAGAACUAAUGUAAAGUUGAUUUUUUACAGUUUUUUGCAGAUAUCUUUUAUUUUUGUCUGUCUGUUUAUAUCUCUGUAAUCUUAUUUUAAUCUUCAGACUUUUCAUAAGAUUAAAAACAAGAUCCUCCACAAAGCAAAAAUCAUAUUUUCUCUUAACUUUUUCUAUAAAAAUAAAUCAACAGCAGACAUUUAAAGUUAGAGAAACUGUUGGUUCACCUGUUGGCAACGAGCAAAUAAUCCACUGUGUCAUUUUAAUUUUGUUCUUCUUCUGUAAAGAAAGCUCUUCCUCUCUGUCAUUUUGAAUAAAGAAUGAACCUUUUGAAA